AAGAAGAGAGAGGAAGAAGAAAACAAAACAGAACUGCGCUACGCUGAGGAUCCUCUUCAAUCCGCUCCUGGGGUAAUCGAAAAACCUCGCUAAACUGUGAACUACGAUUUGUCCUUUCCCGGCUAGAAUAGGCACCUGCUAUACCGAGGCAGGCCGCACCGUGUUCUGUUGGUCGCUAUGGUCACCAGCAAAAGUUCUGAGUAGAAACCAGCGACUUCUUACGAUCGGAACAACAGCAAGCCGCUCUCAAUCCGUCCACCAGGACUGAAAGGAGUCCCUACGGAGAACUAGUCAGCUAGGCACCACCUGCGUAACAAGCAUGAAGCAACCAACGGAAGCAAUUAUCCUGAGCCUGGUGCUUGCACUAGCGACGGUCGUGAGAGCGGCCCCACCGCCACUUGAACGAACGGCAGAAACAGCCAAUCCCCCCGCGAAAGACAACACCUCAGCCCUUCUAACUCCUGCACAAGAAGGAAGUAACGAAAACGUUCCGCAGUGGCAACUCGGUUGCACCGACAAUAGCACUCGGCCGGACUGUGUUGCUCUGAAGGAGGUGCUGCAGGAACUGGGAAGCUACCGGCCCGAAGAACCAACCGCUGCAAUCAACGAGGGAAUGGUGACACCGCUCACACCAGAUGAAGUGGACCAAUUUUGUUAUAAGCUUCCCGAAACGGCUAACCUACUUCCGGCGGAUCUGAAGGCCAAGGUACAAAAGUAUGCACCGAUGAAAAAAAUGCUAUCCUGCACAAACGAAUGUGUGCAAGCCGUACCGCGUACCAACUCCGAGGAACAGCGAGUGAAUGAUCGCUGCCGUGCACUGUUGAUCGGAGCUGAGCUCAUCGUACAGGCGGAACGGAACAAACCCGAACAGAAAGAUGAAACCGUAGGUGCCGGUUCAAAGUUGAAGGUUGAACCUGUUGAGAUCAAAUCGAAUGUUGCUAUUAAACCAGCCGUCGCUGUCAUGAAGCAACCGGCCACGGAAGUGAAGGAGAAGGUGUUAGAACCCAGCAAAACCAACGGUACUGCUCCCGUUGGUGACGGUUCAGUUGGGCAGGGCGAGCACAAGCUCGAAGCUCCGCUACCAGUACCCGAGCAUACCGCUGCAGGUAACCAAGGCAACAGAGGAAAAGAGGUAGGCGGUGGAGCUGCUGCCGCUGUUGUUCCUCCAGCCCCUGCCGCUCCUGCCGCUCCUGCUCCAGGCGGGCAAACUGACGAGCAGCCAAAGAUUGUAGAAAACCCAGAUCUCAAAAUGCCGACCGAUGAGGAGGACGAUGAACGAUCGGACGAGGACGACAUGGUUGGCAAUAAGGCACCGCUCGACGGUGCUCUGAAAGAUCCAGACGUUGCGGAUGGCGGAGAUGAAACGAUGGCGGAGAUGAACGACGAGGAGAAUGAUUCGCAGGAUAGCAUGCCGGAUACCCACAACGGCGACGAGCAGCUUAAGGCCAGUAAGGACCGCGAGCCACCGGUGGUACCGGAAGAUGAGGACGGUGAGCGCGAGAAGGGGGCGAGCAACAUUAUCCAGGGACCCGUAGACCCGUUCUACAACCAGAACGAUUCCAACUUCUUCUCCUACUUCCUGUUCGCCAUGUUCAGCUGUGCGCUCUGCUACGUAGCAUAUCACAACAAAUCGAAGCUAUUGGGGCUGGUGGUUGAAGGUCGGCCACGCACUAGCAGUGGUCGAGGGGGAUUCAGCAAGGGACGCAAACAUACGGCCGCCUAUCGUAAGCUGGAUUCUAACCUCGAGGAAGCGAUCACAUCGGGCAGUGCCCCGGCCGGCAGUCAUUCGUCAUCACAAAUCAUCUAUUGAGCGAUCGUUCCUCCGACCUUACCUUUCCAGUGUGUCCCUCUCCCUUGCCCUCCUUCCAUGAGGACUUGUAAAUAUUUCCCUUGCGAUUCCGAUUCGAUCUUCAUUUUACAACCCAUGUCUCUCUCUCUCGCUCUUCCUCUCCUCUUUCGCGAAGGCAUAUUCUUCCCUAUUUUUUUGUUUUCAACUCGUCUCGCUUCACCUGCGCCUUAGAUUAUAUUGGGAAUUAGAUAUUCACCGAGCGAGCAACCUGUAGUGGAGUACAGAAACGUCCACGUCGAUUUCGUCGCUCUCGUAUUAUCCAGCGACAACAACUGUCCACGGCACACGUUCAUCCGGCUCACCAAAAGAACAGCCGCAGUACAAGCAGCAGAGGAAUGCGCGCUUGCGAGCGCCCGUGUAUGGUUAGUGAAGAGAUAGUAAUUACGGUGGCUUUCUUAUGCGCUUUGCACGCCGCCAUCAUCACCGAUCAUUGAUCGCAAAGAAACCCCCCGUUGAUCAAUAAAAUGGAAAGGAAAGAAUUUUUACAAAUUAAAACUAACUCUUCUUUUCGGGAAUGGUACUCGAUGCUUUUUUUUGGCCCUUCCCUCGAUCAGCGUAUGCGAGCUGCUAUCGCACACUGUUAUCAGGGUUCAUUAUCGUCAAAGCGAUACAAAACGCUUGACAUUGUUUGGGAUUAGACUGCUAUCGGUGGUAUGUGCAAUAAAGUUAGAUUUCGCGAGGGAAAUCCCCUAUAUCGUUUACACAACGCAGCACCGCAAUGUGUCGUCAUACUGUACACGUUGCACAGAACACGUUCUAAGCGGAUGCUAUAAGACGUUAGAGCGAAUACCGCUGAGGGUAGCUUUUUGAUUGCGAAAUUUCUUGAGUUUACUAGAAGAUAGAGAGAGAUUUAGUUCAAAAAAAUAAAGCGAAUUAUUUUUGUUAAACAACCCUCAUUUCCGUUUUGGUGUGAUAAAUGGAAAAUGGUACAGUUCUCUUGCUUAUCUCAAAAUUGUGUUCUAUUCCCAUGACCGGAUUUAAUGUACAUACCACGGUCGCAUCAUCAGCAGCAGCUGCGUAUACACAUGUGUGUUCGGUAGAUGGGACUUGCACGAGACCGAGAAUUGCUAUGAGCAACAUUGUAUACGAUCGUCGUCUCUGUAGUGAAACGUAGGGAGUUUCAACGAAGCCGUCCACCGGAAAUCUGGUUGUUAAUUAAUCAAGUGUAGCUGCAAGCGAACUGGUGCCACCGUUUCACGGUGUAAUGUAAAUGAAGAAUAAUAAAUCUAGCUUACCUAGUAGAA